AUGCGUUUCCAAUCCAUCAUCGCAAUUGCGCUUCCUGCGCUCGUCCUUGCGGCUCCCACUCCUCAGGACCCCGACUACGAGUUCCCUGAGGAUGCUCCCGCUGACGACAUUGUUGGUGGAACCACUGCCUCUGCGGGCGAGUUUCCCUUCAUCGUCAGCCUUCAGCGCAGCGGAUCCCACUUCUGCGGUGGCUCUCUGUUGGACUCUACUACCGUCAUCACUGCUGCUCACUGCUCCGUCAGCUCCGUCAUUGGCUCAGUCAGCGGUCUCCGUGUCCGCGCCGGCAGCCUGAACAAGAGCUCCGGUGGAACACUCGUUGGCGUAUCUUCCGUUACUGUCCACCCAAGCUACCGCAGCUCGGGCCAGGACUUUGAUGUCGCCAUUUGGAAGCUUUCUACUGCCGUCCCUACUAGCAGCACCAUCGGUUACGCAACUCUCCCUGCUUCCGGAUCCGACCCCGCUGCUGGAUCUACUGCAACUGUCGCCGGAUGGGGUGCCCUUACUGAGGGCGGCAGCAGUCCCAGCACUCUCUACAAGGUCUCCGUCCCGAUCGUUUCCCGCACUGAGUGCCGCUCAUCCUACGGAACAUCUGCUAUCACCAACAACAUGUUCUGCGCUGGAUACACCACUGGUGGUCGCGACUCUUGCCAGGGUGACUCUGGCGGCCCCAUUGUCAACUCCGCCAAGACUCUCAUUGGUCUCGUUUCUUGGGGUAACGGCUGUGCUCAGCCCAACUUCCCUGGUGUAUACGCUCGCACCGCCGCCCUUCUCUCCUUCAUCAACUCUGUUUAA